AUGUUUACUAAAUCAACCUCACAGUGCCACGUCUCACCCCUCUACAGGGCCAUCCUUACAGCCCCUCGACUGCCAAACCUUACAGUGCCACUCUCCUACACGCAGUGCCUCUCUCACACUCUCACAGCAUCACUCUUACAUCCUCAUACACUCACAGUGCCAAACACACCCUUUCAGAGCCUCUCACACCCUCACAACGCCCACCCUCACAGCACUCACGCCAGCACCCUCACAGUGCCACUCACACCCUCACAACGCCAAAGCCACACCCUCACAACGCCAAAAGCCACCCUCACAGUGCCACUCACACCCCCACAACGCCAAAGCCACCCUCACAGUGCCACUCACACCCUCACAACGCCAAAGCCACCUCGCAGUGCCACUCACACCCUCACAGUGCCACUCACACCCUCACAACGCCAAAGCCACCCUCGCAGUGCCCUCACACCCUCACAACGCCAAACCAACCCUGCCACUCACACCCUGCCAUCGCAACUCACCACCCUCACAAGCCAAAGCCACCCUCACAGUCCACUCACCACCCUCACAACGCCAAAGCCACCCUCGCAGUGCACUCACACCCUCACAGUGCCACUCACACCCUCACAACGCCAAAGCCACCCUCACAGUGCCACUCACACCCUCACAACGCCAAAGCCAACAACCCCAAAGCCACCCUCACAGUGCCACUCACACCCUCACAACGCCAAAGCCACCCUCACAGUGCCACUCACACCCUCACAACGCCAAAGCCACCCUCGCAGUGCCACUCACACCCUCACAGUGCCACUCACACCCUCACAACGCCAAAGCCACCCUCGCAGUGCCACUCACACCCUCACAACGCCAAAGCCACCCUCACAGUGCCACUCACACCCUCACAACGCCAAAGCCACCCUCGCAGUGCCACUCACACCCUCACAACGCCAACCACCCUCACGGUGCCACUCACGCCCUCACAAAGCCAAAGCCACCCUCGCAGUGCCACUCACACCCUCACAACGCCAAACCCACCCUCACGCCACUCACGCCCUCACAAGCCAAAACCACCUUCACAGUGCCACUCACACCCUCACAGUGCCACUCACACCCUCACACGUGGCACCGAACCUCUAG